AAUUGUUAGCUUGAAACAAGAUUUCCCUCACCUUGCUUCGUCCUGAUUUGCCACUGCAAGAGUCAGCUAUGAUUCCAGCAGUUGUUGGCAGCUUGAUUUACAUUAAGGCGAGGAGAGACUUUGAAAUAUUUUCUCCGGCAUUGAGGAAAUUGUGGAAGGACUGGGAGCUGCGUAUUUUAGUUCUACUCAGCCUUGUCUUGCAGAUAAUACUAAUCUUUUUUGGAAAUCAGCGGAAAGUUUCGAGCAGGAUUUGGGUUCGAGUCGUCCUAUGGUGUGCUUAUUUGACGGCCGAUUGGGUAGCAACCGUUGCCCUUGGGGUUCUCUUAAACAACAUGGGAGACGUCUAUGAGAACAAGGAUAAGGGGAGAAUUGUUCUGGACCCAGACACUCAGAUUACCUCAUUUUGGGCACCAUUUCUUCUGUUGCACUUGGGUGGCCCUGAUACUAUUACUGCGUAUUCUCUGGAAGACAAUGAGUUGUGGUUAAGGCACUUUCUUGGGCUGGGUGUACAGACAGGAGUGGCACUCUAUAUUUUCCUCUUGGCCUGGAUAGGUUCUCGCUUUUCCAUUCUCACAAUGCCAAUGUUUUUGGCAGGAAUUAUCAAAUAUGGAGAGAGGACAUGGGCCCUUAGAUCAGCCAGCAACGAUGAAUUGAGAGAUUCCAUGCUUACUGAUCCAGAUCCUGGCCCCAAUUAUUCCAAGUUCAUGGAGGAAUUCACUUUGAAGCAGUACGAGGGAUUCCAUGUACAGGCACAAGAAGUAAUUGAGACACAAAUCCAGGUCGAAGUUUCUGUGGGAGAUGACACUAUUGAAGGUGAAACUGAAUUGCUUAAAGCCAGUUACUUAUUCAAGACCUUCAAGCGUCUCUUUGUUGAUCUCAUCCUCAGCUUCCAAGAUCGAGACAAUAGCCAAUCCUUAUUCAAAGGAACAUCCUACAAAGACGCUUUCAAAGUGAUUGAGAUUGAACUUGGAUUCAUGUACGACAUGCUCUACACAAAGGGAACAAUAAUUUACUCACGCAAAGGCUGCUGUCUCCGCUUCAUCAGUCUAACUAGCACCUGCAUUGUACUUGUCUUCUUUUCUUUAUCCAACAAGGGCGACUUCAAGAAGAUUGACAUAGCCAUAACCUUCUUAUUGCUGGUUAUAGCUAUUUUUCUUGAGCUCAGUGCAGUGCUUUUUUUGGUCUCCUCAGAUUGGGCAGAUCUUUACCUGUCUAAGCAUAAAACCGUUAUCCGGCAAGCCAUCACUCAUAUACAGCUGCAGAAGGGUGCAAGAUGGUCAAAUUCCUUGGGACAAUACAGCUUAUUGAGCUAUAGCCUCAAAAGUAUGCCUGUGUUCAACAGCAAAAUCCAGAAGUUCUUUGGCAUAGUUAAAAUAUUAGAACACCGGCAAAUGACUAAUAAGGAUGUUUCUGAUGAGCAGAAAGAGUUCAUAUUCGACCAUCUCAAGAAGAAAUUUGACGAUCUGAUGGAGAUUAAAUCAACAGAUGAACCCAACUACCAGAAGGAGCUUAAAGAUCUGAGCACUUGCCGGGGGGCUCGUGCGCUUAGUGAUUUUCCUGCACUGCGUUGGAGUGUGGAAACAGAGUUCGACCAGAGCAUUCUUAUCUGGCACAUUGCUACACAUCUCUGUGCCUACUCUCAAAGGCAAAAUGAGCAGAACAUAGUUAAAUUGGAAAAUGAGGAUGACAGUAAGAAGUUUAAAAAGAUAAGUAAGUUAUUAUCACGGUACAUGCUGUAUCUCCUGGUUAUGCGUCCUUCGAUGUUGCCAAUGGGAAUUGGGAAGAUCAGAUAUCUGGACACUUGCGCUGAAGCCAAAAAAUUUUUUCAGGAGCACGAUUGCGCACCAGGUGAUGACAUCCACCUGCUUCAAAAUACUUGCUCUUGGGCUAUGAAUCUUUUCAAAGGGGCAAAGUACAAGGAACAUGAAAAGAAAGCCUGCAAUGCGUUGCUUAAAGUGAACACCGCAGUUCCACCACUUAAAGUGAAAGGGGACAGGAGCAAGUCUGUGUUAUUCGACGCAUGCAAUCUAGCUUCGCUUCUGCAAAAUGAAAAUAUAAAAAAUAAGUGGAAAGUGAUGAGCAAUGUAUGGGUGGAAAUGCUAGCUUAUGCUGCUAGCCACUGCAGAGGAAUUUAUCAUGCUCAGCAGUUGGGACGAGGCGGGGAACUUCUUACCCAUAUUUGGCUCCUGAUGGCCCAUUUUGGUUUAACCGAGCAGUUCCAAAUAUCGCUUGGCCAUGCAAGAGCCAAGCUUUUUGUGGAAUAGUUAGCUAUCAUAGUGUAUCCUAGUACUAAUUAAUUAAAUUGUUGUUUCUUU